AUGGUGGCGCUUAUAACGGGCGGCAGGGGCUUCUUGGGGUCCCUGCUGGCCAAGGCGAUUGCGGGAGGCGCCCUGGCGGAGGGGCGCGCGGAAGGGGGUGGCGGAGCGGAGUCCAGCGCGGAGCGAGAUCUCGCAAAGGGCGUGGCAGAGGAGAGAGUGAUAGCCGUUGAUGUCACCCCUCCCGGCGAACUCGACACCACCACGGGUGGCGUCACACAUGUGGUAGGAGACAUCACGGAUGCCGCAUUUCUCUCCACUCUGAUUCGUCCAUCUGUCACCCACAUAUUCCAUCUGGCGGCGGUGGUGAGUGGUGCAGCAGAGAAGGACUACGACCUGGGAAUGAAGGUCAACUUUGAUGCCACGCGUGCUCUGCUGCAGGCGUGCAGGGCGGCAGGCCACUGCCCUCGCCUCAUCAUGGCCUCCUCUGUCGCUGUCUUUGGCGCUCCCUCCUCCAACUCCUCCAACUCCCAGGUUCCAUACUCUGAGGACACCCCUGCUCUGCCCCGCUCCUCCUAUGGGGCUGAGAAGGCCAUGGCGGAGCUGCUGCUAUCAGACGGUAGCAGGCGGGGCUUUGUAGAUGCCAUUGUGCUGCGCCUUCCCACUGUCGUCGUGCGACCUGGCAGUCCCAAUGCAGCGACGUCCUCCUUCUGCUCAUCCAUCGUCCGAGAGCCUCUGCACGGAAAGCCAGCCACCUGUCCCGUCGACCCCGCCCUAUCACUCUGGCUGCAGUCCCCCCGCACAGUCAUCAGCAACAUCCUCCAUGCGGCCCGCCUGCCGUCCCUGCCACCCAACCACCCACGCAUCAUCACCCUUCCCGGCCUCACUACCAGCGCAGCAGAGCUCGUGGAUCAGCUGCCACGCUUUGGAGUCGAUCCCUCCCUGGUGCAAUGGGUGCCAGAUCCUUUCAUCAACAGCAUAGUGGCAUCAUGGCCAGGCCACAUACACACGCCCACAGCAAUCCAACUGGGCUUCAAAGCAGACACGUAA